UAAAUCGACCUAUUUUAAGCUCAGAAAUCUAAGUUUAAGCUAUGACCCAAUCUUUACCAAACACCCUGUAUUCAAAUUUAUUAAUUUUGUAAAGCAAACAAAUUAAGUACCUAGUUUGUCAGUUUGUUUACAUAUAGAGAACUGUCAAAGCGUAUGCAUUUGACUCGACAUUGGUCACUGCGAGUGUGCCACCUUUAUCGCGAAUGCCAUAUCGCGAUUCUAUUGGUUAAAAAUCUGUAUCGUAAUGAAAAUCUGUAUCAUAAUGAAGUUCAUUAUGAUCCAGGUAGUGAAAUCAUAAUUGACAUAAUAUAUUGUAUGACAAUAGAAAAAGUAGUUGUAUAGUAUAGUGGCUUUAAUAUAUUUUUUAAAUAAAUAAAAAUGCAGUGUUUUUUGUGUAAACAUUUAAGUGCCCAAACAAAAGAUUUUAAAGGUAUCCAGGAUAAAGUAAAAGAAUUCUCUAAUAAAACGUGGUUGUCAUGUACUACAUCUUUGAAAGCCCGUCAACAACAUCAGCAUCAAUGGAAUGAUGUUGAAUUGCCAGAAAAUUGGGAUAAUAAUGAAAUAGGAUAUCAUUCACAAUGUUAUAAAAAAUUUAUUGUUAAAAAACAAUUUCUUCUUCCUGAAAGUGAGACUCCCUCAACAUCAGUGGGUGCAACAAUUUCGUCUGUUGAUGAAGCAGAUAACUUGAAAACAAAUUCUUCAAAUUUAUCCACUUCAUGGUUGGUUUGUGAAGCAGCAGUGUCAUAUUUAUCGACUGAAGAUUAUUCGACUAACUCGUCUUUUUCAUCGGCAGCAAUUAAUUUGGAACCAGUUAAUGUUUCUGUUAAAUGUACAAGACAACAAUUAUCGAGAGAUGCAGAUGACAUUGAAAAUGCAGAUGAAAUGGAGGUGGAUAAUGACAUUGUUGAUGAUAGUAUCGUUGAAAAUGAACAAAAAUGUCAAGAAAAAUGUUUUUUUUGUGGAAACAUAAGUAUUAAAUGGAAAGGACGCAAAUUAUAUUGUAGCCAAACAAAACAUAAAAUCAGAUUUUUUGAUAGAAUUCGAAGCUACGCAACUGAAAUGAAUGAUGUAGAAAUGCUAAUGUCAAUUCACGAAGAAGUAAAUAAUGAAAAUAUUAUGUUAUUCUAUCAUCAAAGAUGCAGUUUAAAAUAUUUUUCAAAUUUUAAAGCUUAUACAAACAAACCACCUACAACUAUUUGGACAGAUACACGUGGUUACAACGAGAUUGCUCGUAAACAGUUGAUUCAGUAUAUUGAAAAGGAAGUUGUAAGCGAAUCAAAAAUUUUCUCUGUCACUUAUUUGCAAGAUAUAUACAUUUUAUUUUUGCAAGAAGUCUAUGAGUCUGAAGGAAAAGACUUCCCUGAAAACCUGAUAACGACUAAUACUCUAAGACAAUAUAUGGAAAUACAUCUGAAAAAAAAAAUUAAGUUUGAAUAUUUUUCAAAGAAAUGGUUUGUUAUGUCAGUGAAUACGGAUUUAGAAAAUAUCAAUGAUGAUGAAAUCCUUGACAUAAUUUUUGAGCAAGAAUGUCGUGAAUUUGCAAUUAAAUAUAGAAAAAAAAUCUUGCAAAUUAAAAAAAAGCCUUUACCAGAUUUUCUUGACGCUGAAGCUCUAAAUAAGGGUGAAUGCGACAUUCCAAAUUGGCUGAAUGUGUUCUGGAAAACGGCAUUGAGUGGAACUAAAGUAGAGACCGAAAGAAUCGAAAGAUUAACCGCGUGCUUGGCAUCCGAUUCGAUUUAUUCCAUUACCAAAGGUAAUAUAAAGCCUCGUAAACAAAUUAUUUUUGGUAUGUCAAUGAAAAGUCUUACUGGCAAUGUAAAGGUAAUGGAAAUAUUAAAUAGGUGCGGUUAUUCAAUCAGCUAUUCAGGUUUAGCGGAAUUAGAAUCUUCUGCAGCUUACUCGUGCAUUGCGAAUGGACAAACGUGUCCUUCGGGCAUAAUUCCGACUUCUUCCUUAGCAUGUGGAGUCGCUUGGGAUAAUUAUGAUAGAUUCGUUGAAACACAAUCAGGCAAAAAUACACUUCAUGAUACAGUUGGAAUCGCUUAUCAGGAUAUUCCUGCAGCUAACCAUUUGAUUGCUCAGGAAUCCCAUAACAGCUCAAACGUUCAGGAACAAAAUUUAGCACUGAAUCUUCGAAAUAAAAGUAAUCGAAGAAAAAGAUCUUUUGAGUCGUUUGAAACUGAAAAUUUACCACCAACGAAACAAAAACGUCCUGAAUUUAUCUCAAAUAAUAAAGAAUCUGCGAGCACUAAUCCAACUACUACUGUAAGUUUAGAAUCUACGAACACUGAUCCACCUACUAGUAACGAAGAAUUAUUUAUAAAUGAAGAUAAUACCCAAGGCGUAGAAACAUCUUCAACUUCAGAUAACGAAAAGUGCGUUUUACUUUUCAAACAAAUAAACUUUUGUUGGAUUUUUUCCCACAAACUUCAUCUACAGAAUGUACCUAUGUGGGUAGGAUACAAUGCAAAGAUUUCUAACGAUAAUUCAACUAUUCAAAAAAUAGAUUAUUUGACCCAAAUCAAUGAUUCUCCUACAGAUCCACGAGUCAUAAAAGAAACAAUGCGUCUUAGCUUAAAAAUUGCUUCUGAGUGUGGAAAAAAAUACUUCAAUGUUACUUAUGAUUUGGCCAUUGCUAAAAUAGCUUUAAAAAUUCAAUCAGCUGAAGAAGAAUUCAAAAAUCUAUUUAUUCAUUUAGGAUCAUUUCACAUUAUGCUAUCGUUUUUUAAAGCUGUAGGCAAAUUCAUUAAUGGAUGUGGUUUAACAAACAUGCUUGUUGAUGCCGAAGUUUUAGCGAAUGGAUCUAUAAAUACAUUUCUUACUGGUAAACAUUUUAAUCGCUGCUGUAAAAUUCAUCCAAUAAUUUCACUUGCACUUCAACUAUUGCACGUAGAAUUUUUUUUAGAAAAUAAACAGUAUGAUUUAGAAACAAUUAAAACCUACUUAAAACAUUACUCAGAAAAUGAAAAUGAAAAUCCAGUGAUAAAUAAUGAAUUAUGUCACAAAAUUUUUGAAGAUUAUGCACAAUUUAAGAAAGAUACUUUACAAGGGAACCAUGGAAAGACACCUCAAAUUUUUAUGAUGUACAUACAAUUGAUAGAUUAUUACCUAAUGCUUGAAUUUAGUAUCCGAACUGCUAAUUUUGACAUUUACAAAUAUGUCUUGGAAAAAAUGACAAACAUUUUUUUCGCUUUCAAUCAUCAAAAUUAUGCCAGAUACUUAACCAUAUAUUUAAACAAAUUAGAAAAGAUUGAAGAAACUCAUCCUGGUUUGAUACAAGAGUACGGAGAUUGCUUCUUUGGCAUAAGAAGGACCACAAAGCCAUUUUCAAGAAACCCCAUCGACAUAACACUAGAACAGACUAUAAAUGCACAUGCUGCUUCUAGAUCAUCAGGCAUUAUAAAUAUGACAAAUUCUGUGGGUGCUCGGCAAAAAUGGGCUAUUACCCAUUCACUGCGUACUAACAUGAUUUCGAAAUUAAUGGAUUUCUGCAAUUUGUAUUCAAAGGAUGAUAUAACCAAAGAUUUAAGGAAAUCUUCUAUCUGUCACAGCAAUAAAAAUGUUGAAAAUUUGUUAACUAUAAUACAGCAAUGUACGAAUCCUUUUUCAAGCAAUUUAUCUCAAGAGAAUUUGUACAAUAUAUCUUCAGGGCAAUCAGUAUCUGAAGAUAUUUACACAUUCUUAUCUAAUAUUGAAACUACAGGAGAGCUGCAACGAAUUAAAUUUAUUACUGAAUCUCAAAUAGACCCAGAAAGGUUUGACAAGGCUAUUUUAAAAAACACUGUUGUUAAUUUUGCUUCAAAAUGUGUCAAAAAAGUAAAAAUUAAUGGAAAAGUCAAAGAAGUUACCAUUCAAAGAGACAUUUUUGGAAGAUUAUUGUAUGCGUCGCUGCAAAGCCAUAUAGAUCUAAAAGAAGCGUUGAAAUAUCCGCUGACGCCUAUUCCAUUUUCUUUAUGCCACUCUGACGGAUCUAUUUGUAAAACCCAAAAAUCAGUGAUUUUCGAGGAGUUGAAGUCAUAUCAGGAAGAGAAUGGCAAUCCUCCGAAAGCCGAUAUCCAUAUCUACGAUGGCUUCUAUUUGCUCCACACAUUGAAAAAUGUACCUAAUACAUACGGGAAAAUUUCAAUGUAUAUUUUUAAGCUGUUGGUAUCAGAUAAAAAAGAAGUCCACAUUAUAUUUGACAAAUUCAACGAUCCAAGUAUAAAAGAUUAUGAACACCGCCAAAGAGGAGAGGAUGAUACCGUUCAUAGCGUGCAUAAAAACAAUAAGCGACCCUCUGAUUUUGGGAAACUGUUAAGAAGUAAAAAUUUCAAAGAAAGUUUCGUUGAAUUUUUAAUCGAUGAUUGGACUGAUGAUUGUUUUGUUAUUUUAUGCCAAGAUAAAAUAGUCAAGUUAAGUUAUGGAACUUCCUGUUACUCUUACCAAGUACAUGAAAAUCAUAUUAAAAAAACUACAGAUUACAACUUAUGUUGCUUUCACGAAGAAGCAGAUACCAAGAUUAUGUACCACAUAUGCCAACUGCCUAAUAAUUACAACGUUGAAGUCCAUUGCACUGACUCGGAUAUACCAGUAAUUAUUCUUGCAAAUAUGAAAUAUUUAAAAGCAGAUAUUCAAAUUACGGUAAAUAUGUGUUCGAACAAAAAAAGAGAGUAUUUGAAUAUGAAUAAAAUUUACCAAGGAUUAGGUGACAAAUUAGCAAGAGCCCUAACCGUUUGUCACAUAUUUACGGGUAAUGAUUUUAAUCCAGCUUUUUACAGAAAAGGGAAAAAAAGACCAUUUGCCAUACUAAAAAAAAAACAAUCGUAUCAAGAUGCUUUUAUGCAGCUACUAGAAACGGUGCCGAAAUAUUUGGAUACAGAACACGAAGUAUUUAAAUCUAUUGAAGAGUAUGUAUGCCAAAUAUAUAGUUUAAAUACAAAAAAUGAUAUCGAUAAAGGCAGAUUCGAAGUAUUUGAAAGAAAAUAUAAAAAUAAAAUGAAAAUGACAAAAUUUGGAGAAAAAAACCUAAAAGGGUUCGACGCAUCAAAUCUUCCACCAACCAAAAAAGAGUUAUUGCAACAUAUAAAACGAACCAUUUAUAUCAGUAACGUGUGGUGCAAUGCUCACCUGAGGCGACCUACAGACCUUGAUAUUCAAGAGUGCGGGUGGUUAAAUAUCGAUGGCAGCUUUGAGUUUUUUUGGUUCGAUGGCGAGCAGUGUCCCACAUUCCGAGAGAUAGCUGCUCAUUCAGUUUCCACUUCUGAUGAUCAGGAUGAGGGGGAGCCGUCUUCCGAUGAGAGUGAAGAUGAACAAAAUUUGUACCUAUCUGAAGAUUCAGAAUUUGAAGAUAACGAUAAUUAAUCAACAAUUUAUGUAUUUUUAAGAAUUAUUUGUUACAUAAUAUUUGAUGUUUUUUUCAUUGUAUAUGUAUACAAGAAUAAAAAAACUGCUAAACGCCGUAAAAAUGAGUGGCGCAUACAAUAUUCCAGCUACAAAUGAACUGAUAUAAAUAUUACGUGGCGCAAGAAUGUAUUUUCAUUUUGAUCGAAAAUAAAAUUCUAGUUUUAUUUUAAAAGAUGUUUCCAUAAUCAUGCUCAUUUGUAGCUGGAAUAUUGUAUGCGCCACUUAUUUUUACAGCGUUUAGCAAUUUUUUUAUUCUUGUAUCAGGAGUUUUUCAAAGUUAUUUAUAAAUUAAAUGUAUGAAUUUAAAUGUAUUGUUUCUCGAUU